AUUCAUCUCACCAAGCAUGCUACCUCUUUUGAACCGAACUGCACGGCCUUCUAGGCUCAUAUCAUGCCCCAGACUCAACUCCACACAAGCAAUCACCCACGAGGAGCGGGAGGUGCUUGAGUUUGCCAACCGGAAGAACCUCAUCAAGGCCAAUCCGAAGGACUUUUAUCCGACGCUAAGCGAAGCCCGUUUCAAUGAUGCGAUUCACUUGCGCGUUCCAGAAUUCAUAGAGCAGUUCCAGAAAUACGAGUUCCCCCCGGAAAAUCGACUUUCAAAAUACUACACCGUCGAAGGGAAGAUUCAAAACAUUCGCAAGGCCGGAAAGGCGAUGUACUUCAUAGACGUGGUGCAGGAUUUCCACAAGGUUCAGCUUGUGGCGACGAACUCUAUGAUGAAAAUGAGCAAGGAAGCGUUUGCCGAGGCCCAUGAAACCCUCAAAAAGGGGGACAUUAUCACGUGUAAGGGGUUUCCCGGGACAACCAAGGUCGGAGAGUUGUCUGUGAAGCUCACUGAAGCCAUCAGGCUCGCAGUCCCGGCGUUGCAUCCUCUUCCGCCUAAGUUAAACGACCGUUCAAAGAUUCGUCUGAACCGUGUUGUGGACUAUUUGGUCAACGCAAAGUCAAGAGAGCGGAUGAUAGUCAAGUCCAUUCUCUUGACAUCCAUCCGGAGAUUCUUUAACGAACGAGAGUUCUUGGAGGUUCAGACCCCAAUCAUUGGAAACUCUUCCAAGGGUGCCAAUGCCACACCCUUUACCACCAGUUCGCAGCACUUGAAAGAUGUGACGGAGAAGCCGAUCGAGUUGCAUCUCAGAGUAGCCCCAGAGUUGUGGUUGAAGCGGUUGGUGAUCGGCGGGUUUGAAAAAGUAUACGAAAUUGGCCAGGUUUUUCGGAACGAGGGGAUCGAUAGAACCCACAACCCAGAAUUUACAUCGUGUGAGUUCUAUCAGUCGUUCACCACACUUGAAGAGUUGAUGGGGAUCACAGAACAGCUCUUUCUCUAUAUCGCCAAAGACCUCCUGUCCACUAAUCUCAAGGUUACAGACGGUUUGAAGGCGAGAGCGCAAGUCUUAGUUGACAAUCUUACAACAAACAGUGGCGUGUUCGCUAGGCUUGAAUUUAUUCCAGCCCUUGAACGGACCACCGGGCAUCCGUUCCCGGCUGUCCUCUCCCAAGAAUCUCUCUUGGCGUACUAUGCUACGAUUGGCUUGAAGAAGCCGUCCCUCAACCCUUCUCCUAUCCAGUUACUCGACGAGCUAUCGGCAACCUACUUGGAACCGUUGUGCAAGGAGUACCCGACGUUCAUCUACCACCAGCCGGCCAUCAUGUCUCCGCUUGCAAAGUCUACUGAGAUCGCAUACGGGGAAAAGAGGUACGAGAUUUCCCGCAGGUUUGAAAUGUACAUCCACGGAAAGGAGUACGUGAAUGCGUACGAGGAGCAGAACUCACCGUUCCAGCAGCUCGAAAACUUCAUGCACCAGCAGGAAAGCAAGGACCAGUACCUCGAUGACGAGAUGCUUGUACCGGAUCACAAGUAUGUGGAGGCCAUGGAAUGGGGGCUUCCACCAACUGGAGGCUGGGGUCUUGGGGUUGACCGGUUGGUGAUGUUCUUGACCAAGAGUGAUCGCAUUGAGGAGGUGUUGAGUUUUGGGGACUUGUCUGACGUGACCAAGCAAUAAGCGAAAGAUAGUGGAUGAGCUUACUUCUGUAUGCGAGCUUUGAUCCCUGGUGUUUGUCUAUGAUUUAAGCAAACGCUCAGCUCUCUAUAUCUCCAGACCGACUUUGUAGGUGGGUUCUUGUAUAUACUAAUGUUUCAUCUGGGAAAUCUUGCCAUGCGUGUUUACCCCUCUAAUCACCCAAUACUUAUGCGUGUGCACCCAUACAACCAGCAUACAUGUAGCCAUUGGUAUAUAUCGAGACAUUAUCCAGAAAUUUACACUGCUACCG